AUGUCAGAUACAGAAUGCCACAUUUGUUGUGAGAAGUAUCUUUAUUUAGCUAAAUACAGAUGUAGUCAUAAAAUAUGCUACAAAUGUGCAACAAGGCUUAUUUAUCUUUACGGAGAUAUGCGAUGUCCAAUGUGCAAGUACGAGAGCCAAAAGCCUAUUUUUGAGAAAUCAAGUUGUGAGGAAUCCGUAAAUGAGAAAUGCUGUUGGAGUAACAAAGAGAAUGAUGGCAAAAUCGAGAAUUCAAGCAGUGAAAAGACGACGAAUCUUAUGCUUGCUUCGACAGAUGAGCUUUCAAUGUCAUUAAAAACCAUUAAUCUCGACAGACCAAAAAAUGACGAUGGCAGUAUUCUAAACAAUGAUUUGACUGCACAAAUGUGGAAUAAGCAUUUGAUGAUAGAGGAUGGGUUUGCUAAGUUUAAAAAUGACGAAGUUCAUCAAAAAGUCAGAAGCUUAUUGCUGAUCAAAUGUAAAGAGUGCAGACAGCAGUUUAACACUAAAAAAGAGCUUAUGACACAUUUUAAAUCCAAGCACUCUUCUCUGCUUUGUGGCACCUGUCUUGAAAAUAACCAUCAAUUCUGGUAUGAAUAUUUUUCAUAUACUCCUGAAACACUAAGCUUGCAUAGGAAAGGCCAGCUAAAGGAAUCAGGAUUUGAUGGGCAUGUGCACUGUCCAUUCUGCUCAUUUUGGAUAUACAAUAAGGACCUGGCUAAGAAGCACUGCAACGAGGAACAUCAGCUAUGCACUGUCUGUGACUCUAUGGGUGUUAAAUUUCAGUUCUACAGAAACUUCUCUGAACUUGAGACUCAUUUCAGGAGUAAGCAUUACUGCUGUGACAACCCCGUUUGUGUUAAAAAUCAUUGCUAUGUCUAUGCCUAUAAGAGCGAGAUCUGUGCCCACUCUUUGGCACACCAUGGCCUGGAAAUGCAACUGAAUGAUGUUUGUCUGAAGAAUGAAAAAAACCCAACAGUAUUUUCCCUGCAUGAUUCAAGAGCACGCAGCGAGGAGGAGAGUUUGUACACCAGAGGAGUGAAUAUACUUAAUCCUCUGAUUAAUGAGCCAUUUUUUCCAUCAUUCAAUCAGAGCAAUAUUUCAAGGGAUAGUUCUUCAGUUCCUUCCUUCCUUAAUCGUCAGAUUGUCCAUCAGGCACAGACCAUAAAUUCACAAAGAGUGAACAUACUCAAAGAUAUUUCCCCCAACUUUUAUAAUGAGAUAUCCCAGAUUAUAGAAAAAUAUAUUUCGGGUAUAAAGCCGCUCACGGAAAUGAUAGCUGAAAUUGAAGAGUGUGUAGGAAAGGAGACAUGUCUUAGAAUUAUUGGAAGAGUCCCUUUUUUACAAAAGCAAAAGGAAAUAUCACAGUUUUCGGUGGAAUACAAAAAAGAACUCAAGUUUCCUAGUUUUAAGAAGAGCAUCCCGAAGGUAGAUGAAGCACCACAACAACCAAAUAAAAGGCAAAGUUUCAGGGUGAUAGACCUAACUAAAAAAUGA